AUGAGUACGGCGGACAGCAUCUUCCUGGCCGUAGCUCGUCAGCAGUCCGAAGAGUUUGCAGCAGGGACGCUCAAGUCACCAUGGGAGUACUUCGAGUACAGCGUGAAGCUGGCAUUGGCCCGCUGGACGGCGUUGCGUAUGGCUAUUGAAGGCGAAUGGGGCGGCGGGGACACGCGCCGCAAAUACGAGAUCCUGCAGGACGAGAUCCUCAACGUCUUCAAGUACAAUAAGACCGUGUACGCCGACGCGAUGGCUGACAACAUUGGCGGCUACGUCGAGACGGAGUUUGGUCUCAUCUGCGAAGACGGUAGCGUCGAGGAGGUAUCGGAGCUGCUCACGGUGCUGGCGGAAGAGUGCAAGAAAGCACAGUACGACCGCAUCAAAAUGAUGCACGACCAAGUUCAGUCGCUCCCCUCGAUCGACUUGAAGGCCCUGAAGGUCAAGCCACAGGAUGAUGGCGUCGGACUAGCUCAAGGCGGCAGCACUCGGGCUCUUGACAUGAUCAUGGAGGACACGGAGCCGGACGUGCCGCUGGUCGACGAAGAUGGCUUUACUACAGUGCGUCGCUCAAGCAGACGGAAAGCACCGACGAAAUUCUACGACCCUGCGGCAGAGUUUCCCGGAGCCGCAUGA